GCAAGUUCUUAACCAGCCCGUUCCAACAACUCCCUACUACUUUUGGUUGUAGACGAAGGAGGCAUUUUUAGUAACUACCCACCUUUCAAAUUCGAUCGACUUUUUCAUUUCGGGUUUUCUCAAUUUCAUAAAUCAUCUUUUUGAGUUGAUGGGUAUGCGAUAUAUAUAUUCAGGAAGUGGAGAACUCCCCUUCUCAGAGCGCACACCUCGCAGGGGGAGACUCUACCAGAGAAUAAGGAGGAGGAGAUGAAAAUGGAGAUCAACUCUGAUACUAGAGCCAAGCGUCUGCAGAACGUCCUCCGCGUAGCCAUUUCGAUGGUGAAGAAAGGCUUCACGCCCAAGCGCAAGCUCGCCAUGGUGAUGCAGAAAGGCAAGAAGCUUGGCAGAUCCUUCCGGCGCAUUUUCUUCCCCCACCGCUUCCAAGGCUUCCGACCGCAGGCCUACGAGUUUUCCUGCAGCAACAGCUCCGGCUCCCCCUUAUUCCACGCCGGCACCAUCUCGGGCGCCAAGAUGAAGCUCCCUUACUGCUUCCCUUCCCUCGCAUACGGCAACCCUCCUCACGCGGACGACUCCGACGACCAUGUCAUCAUCAACGAUCCCCAAUUGGAGCUGUCCGCCUCCGAUCUCUCCAAUAUCGACCUUGCCGACGGUGACAAAAUCAGCCCCUCCAUCUCGCUGCUUCCAUCAGAGGACGACGAGGAGGAGCAUGAUGCCACGGUGGACGAGAAAGUCGAGGAAUUUAUAGCUCGAUUCUUCGAGCAGCUGAGGUCGCAGGAGCGCCGGCAGAACAUGCAGGGUUAGUGGAGCAUGUCAAAAAUGCGGGCGUCAAUUCCAUGUUUAUGAACUAUGGGUGUUAACGUGGGAAUGAAAAGGGUGGCCGUUACGGGCGUCCGGAGUGUCUAAUGGUUUCUGCUAUGUGAUAUAAUAACACGAGAGUGUCUCAUGGUUUCCCUAUCAGUGGUGAUAUGAUAGCAUAAUUGAGUCAUGGUUUUAGGAGCAGAGGUGACAAUCAAACAAUGGGUCCUUUUUUUCUUAGCAGCGGUGAUAUAAUAAUCGAAUGAUGAG